GUGCACCGCGGCGGAGGAUGUCCAUCCCGCCGCUGCAGCGGCUGCGCCAGGCGCCGCGGCACCUGCUGGUCUGCGAGAAGGGGAACGCGCGGCACGCGCGCUCGCGGCACGCGGCGCACGUGCGGGACCACGCCUACAACUGCCGCGUGUCUUUUUUGAUCCCUGAAUGUGGCUUGCUACCUGAAGUGCUGAAAAGCACUAUUGCGGAUGUUGGAGAGUACUACCUGGUGAGGAAUUUACCGGUUCAUGAAUUGGUCGCUCAUGAUUUCAUUGAUGCUUUUGUGAAGAAAGGUUCAUGCUAUGCACUUACCUAUAAAACAAAAAUUGAUCAAGAUAAUACCGCAGCUCUGCUACCAAAUGGAAAUCUAAUUCUGUCAGUGGAUAAGGAUACUUAUGAGGAACUUGGACUGCAAGGUCGCCCUUCUAAGUAUUCUGGCAAAAAAGUAAUGAGAUAUAUUAUAACUAUUGACUUGACUGAUUCCAGCUUUCAUCCUGAUAGCAAGAAACAUAACAGAGUGCUUUGGGCCUUAAAAGAAAAGAAACCUUUAGAAUUUGACUUCCUAGUGGCUUGGUAUAAUACAGGUGCAGAGGGAUCAACACUGAUGUCAUACUUUUCAAAAAACCAAAUAGAGAGCCUGAAGCCAAAUAUAACCUUCAGUACAUUAAGGGACUUGCAGUGCCCGCUGUUACAAAGUAACGAACUGCAUGGAAAGCCGGAGGAGUCCUGCAGUACAGAGGAGCUGUUUGAAUGGCUAGGUGCUGUCUUGAAUCACGUUAGCUUAGACAACAAGUCGUCUAGCUUCUUAUCAACCUAUAGCUGUCCUCAGCCGAACACAAUUGUGGAAAAAGCUUUUUUGUGCACAAUCACAGGCUUUAUAAUUCCUGAGAAGAUAAUUCAGUUAUUGGAGCAGCUAUGUUGCUAUUUUGGUGAACCAAAACUGGCGUAUUGGCUGACCUUAACUGUGCAUGGCUUUGCAGACAGCCCUGUUUCCUGGAGAGAGAGUGAACAUGGCUUCCACAAAGGAGGAGAAAACUUGUACAACUUUGUCAUUUUUAGAAAUCUGGACUACUGGCUUCAGAUGGCUGUAGGAACUAAUGAUGAUUGUCCUCCAUAAAGCUACGUCUACAAAAGUUGUUUUCUAAUAAUCCCGUGUUACUGUACAGAAACCCAAUAAGAUAAUUUUUAUAAAAGGAAUCAGGUUACAAGUUAAGUACUGAGAGGCUGUAUAUGUUUUUACAUUACUUAUAGCCUUUAAAGGGUGACCUGCAAUGGAAGGAGUGGAUUUUUGCUUCUUCACUGUCAUACAGUGCCUUCUGAAAGACUUCACAAUUCUAGUUUUAAGAUGUUUUGGAGAGUUAUAAGUACUUGGGAAUUGACUGUAGGUAGUUUCCUUUUAUCCAGAAGUGAUUUUGGAAUUUGAGAGUUAGUUUUACAGAUUGCUAGCUAAAAUAUUUGUGAGGAAAGCUCAUUUUGGGAUUUAGUGUUUCUUUACAUUAAAGAUCUGUAACCCUUCAAAUUCAUGUUCUAGACAUUUCAGCCUACAUGCUGGCAAAUAAGAAAAAAAAAAAGAUGUGAGGAGAAGGAGGUAUAUGACAGUGGGAGGAGCGCCCAUUAAACAAGGAAAAAGGGAAGGCUUACUGCUGACCUGCUUUUUGAUUUAGCACAUUAAUGUCAUCAGAAAGAAGUUGAUUGUUAACAGUGAUGCAAAAGGCUGCUGCUUGCUUUCUUAAUAGACCUACACGUACUCACACCACCACCAUCCCCAAAAAGCUCCAAACAACACUACUUUUUAAGUAGCUUAUGGUUCUUGCUUACAGGACAACUUGUGCAGAUUUCACCGUCAUGUUAUUGAAGGCACAUUUCUGGGAACAAAUACCUCAAACGAUGCAGUUGAAGUGAAACGGAUUUUGUUAGCAAUAAGCAAUAAUGCUGAGUGCACAGGCAGCUAUAGAGAAUGCAGGUUAGCUCCUGUUGAAAUCAGUAAAAGGUUGGGUGGUGGUUUGGGGGAUGGGUACAGAUGGGGGUUGUUUUGUUUUUUGUUUUAUGGAAUGGGUGUAUAUCAUUAAAGUACCAAUGCAGUGCUAAAAUGGAA